GUCACAAGAGCAUCGCUGAACUGCUCACCACUAAAGGAGCCAAUGUUGAUAUCGAAAAUGUUUGGUUUGAGACACCCCUUCAUUAUGCUGCUUCCCAUGGUGACAAGAGCAUCGCUGAAGUUCUCCUCCGUAAAGCAAACGAUCUUAAUAUUAAAAAUUAUAUACAUCAGACACCUCUUUAUUUGGCGGCUUUGAAUGGUCACGGAGGUGUCGCUGAUGUGCUUCUCAAGAAUGGAGCUAACGCUGAUAUUGGAGAUGAUUUGAAUACCACAGCUCUUCAUUUAGCUGCAUCCGGUGGUCACAAAGAUGUCGCCGAGGUUCUCCUCAACAAAGGCGCCAGUAUGGAUAUCAUGAAUAAUUUUAAUAAUACACCUCUUCAUUAUGCUGCUAUAAAUGGUAAUGUUGAAUAGUUAUUUUCACAAAAUAAAGAAUCGGUUUGAUCUUUUUCAUCGAUCUAAAUUAUUUCUAAGGUCACAAGAAUGUUGCUAAACUUCUCAUCAAAAAAGGAGCCAAAGUUGAUAUUAGAAAUCUUCAGAAUCUAACACCUCUUCAGUUAGCUGUUAACCAUGGUACUGCUGACUAAAUUAAAUGCCACUUUGAUCUUUUUCAUUGAUCUGUAUUAUUUUUCAGAUCACAAUAAUGU